CUGGAUAUCACGACGAACAGAAGUGGUGCCAGUGGGACGAGGGAGUCCACCCCAGCAUCUGGUCCUGGUACAACUACAACAAGAACAGUCCACAGAACAAUAAACGACCACCCGCUUCACUGGGCCUAUCGUGCGGCCCUGGGUGGCGGCCGAGGAAAGUUCGCGGGGCAUGUUCUAGAAACCCUUGCGCUUUGCUUCGCCGGGUUGCCGCGUUUCUG